AUGGUAACGAUUUCCGUGAAGUCUUUCGUGGCCCUCGUGGGGGACGAGGACGGGGUGGUUCUCGCGUUUCACGGGCUCUCCGUGGAGGUUCUCGUGAUGGUCGCAGCGGCGCUUUCCACAGAACCAGCCACAGCUAAUCCUAUCACCGCAAUCUCCCCCUCCCCUCUCGCUCCGGACGAACUUCGUCCAAGGCAGAACGAGGCGACUCCAGGUGCUGAAUAA